AGUAACCAAAGAGGGGGUGGGAAUAAUAAACGCUAGGCGUGUCGGCGUCUGUUUUGACACGAAAACUCGAAACUUUUUAGUAAAAUCAAGUGUCUUCCAUACAAACAUUCAUCUACACUGUUAAGGGAUUUAAGAAAAUUGUAAUUUUUACUUGAGUAUGUUAGGAGUGAGGGAAAAAUCGAAUGUGCCGAUGUGGAAAAGGCUUUCGGCCGAUGGCGUGUCAUCACGCAAUUCCUAAAAAGCUCACGGUCUCUUAUCCCUUUGUAAAUGCUGUGCUGGUUCACGUGCGAAUGAGGUAAUGCGCUCAUAUGGGGUAGCGCUAGGGCGGUAGCCUAUGCCGGGGUAUGGAGACGGAGAGCGUAAAAUCUGGGGCUAGCGAGCAUAGCCACAGCCAUCAUAGCCGGGGCUCGCAAAAGCACCAUAGGUCUCACAGUAACAAGGGUCAUCACAGACAACAUUCCCAUCGAUCUAGCAGGAGUAGUCGAGGCCAGAGAAAAGAGAGACACAAUUUGGAUUCCAGUGAAAUGGCACCCUUUCAAACGACUGUUAAUGUCAGGGGCGACAGUGUGGAUAAUUUAGGCCAAGAAGUUAUAGAAGUACAGAUAUUGCCCCAAGAUGAAAAUUGGGGUGAAAAUACAACUGCUGUAACAGGAAACACAUCCGAUCGGUCAGAAUCGACUGAGGAUAUAAGUCAUUGGCCCAAUGAAAACGAUGGUUCAUUUGGGUUUACAUGUAAUCGAUAUGUAGGCCCAGUAAUAGCCAUGAUACUAGGAUUAAGUGCUUUUUUAAGUCCUAUAGCCAUGGUUGUUUUACCAAAGUUGGGAUUUUUCCCUGAUUCCACUAGUGUGCUGACUUUACAACAGAGAUUACAACUAUUAUCUUGUAAUGCAGAAUGUAAGGGACAAUUACUGGGUCUGGCAUUUAAGCUAGUUCUAUUAGGAAUAGGCUGCUGGGCUGUGUUUUUAAGGCCAGGAAAUGCUACCAUGCCACGUGUCUUUCUUUUUCGAGCUGGAGUACUUGUUCUCACUUUACUCUGCAUUUGCACUUACUGGCUCUUCUAUGUUGUACAGGUAACAGAGAGCGCUAAGACUGCAGCAAACGGUGAAAUCACAGAGUACAAAAGUUUAGUGAGUUAUGCAGGGACUCUUGCUGACACACUCCUCUUUGUACAUUAUGCUGCUGUACUAUUGAUAGAGAUCCGCCAUCUACAACCCACCUUUUAUCUUAAAGUAGUAAGAUCACCAGAUGGUGAAUCGAGAUCAUAUGCAAUCGGACAACUGUCAAUUCAAAGGGCUGCGGUCUGGGUUCUAGAAAGGUAUUAUACCGAAUUCCCUAUCUACAACCCGUACCUGGAACGGUUGCCUGUCUCAAAAUCAGGUAGGAAACAGUCAAGCUUCAAAUUUUAUGAAGUCGAUGGUGGAGUUGGAACGGGUGUACAACAACGUGGAGCUGGUGGUGACAGAGCCGUUCUAGCCGCUCAAGCGCGUAGAAGAGAUUCCAGUCACAACGAGCGUUUCUACGAGGAACACGACUAUGAUCGUCGAGUACGAAAGAGAAGAGCCCGAUUAAUAACUGCUGCAGAAGAGGCCUUUGCACACAUUAAACGAUUGCAUUCCGAAGCGGAAUCCGCUCCGAAUCCUGGCCCGAUGGAUCCCAUGGAAGCUGCGCAAGCGGUGUUUCCAUCGAUGGCUCGAGCCUUGCAAAAGUACCUGAGGGUGACGCGGCAACAACCACGACACUCUGUUGAAUCCAUUUUAGGCCGAUUGGCAAGAUGCCUCGCACAGGAUGCUGCUCCACGCGCAUUUCUCGAGCCUUUCUUUACUACGAGUCCAGUGCUCUCAAACGAGAAGGAGCGACAAAGAAAAUCACACCAUUGGGCCCUUGUAUGCGAGGGUGAACUACCCUCUCGGCCUUUGGCACCUGGUUGUGAGUUUCAACUCAGACAAGGAGAAGUAGCUCUUCUCUGCACGGCUCAUAGGUUGCCACAUUUCAAUCUGACUGAACAGCUGGCUCAUCCUAAGUCUAAUAAGUUUCUUCUGAGGCUGAAUUCCGAGACAUCUGUUUAAUAGUAAUUUAUCACUUUAUCUUCUAUUUUUUCUGUUUCUUCACAUCUUCCAUAUAGUAAGGAGGUAUACCUCGUACUACUGAUCGAGAUGAAAUACUCAAAUAUCUAUUGUCAUGUUGCUCUUAUCGUUGCAAAUUGUACAGUGAUACAUGACAAUGGUGAUACAUAGUGUUAGGCAGUGAUACGUAUUAUAUUAUAUACGUACUAUAUUAUUUUGUCGUUGGUUAAGAAAACGAAUCAGACAGUUAGUACUCAGAACUUUUCUAACGGGGAACAGAAAGAUAUUCCUGGUAAUGGAAUAUAUCCAUUAUUCGCCCUGUUUCUUACAUGCUCGUAAAAGAAUUAAGCAAUGAUGCUCGGCGGGCAUUCUUAGAAAAUCAUCUUCACAUUUCUGUCUAUAACCCAUUCUUAGUUUUUACAUAUCAAUAAGUUAUUACGCAAUUAAGUCGUGUAUAUUUAAAUGAACGUCGCCCGACGUUCUUAAAAUAAUCAUUAGAUUACUUUUCAAUUUGUUGAGACGUUUAAAGCCUUCACUUGACUUUAAAAGCGUCGCAAAGGUACUUAUAAGUUCUUAAAAACUCGGUGACUCGUAAUAUGUAAACUCUUACAAAUUUUUCAAUGGCUGCUGUGUAUCUUUAAUACAAAAAUUCGUUUUUUACACAUUCAAUCGCUAAUGCCGUUAUGAAUGUAUUUCAGAUAAGACGUGUUGAUUAAUUUUAUAAAUCAAAACUUAAGCUAUGCCUAGAUUAAUUGGAAAUAUGUGUGCUUAUCGUUAUCAUCAUCAGAUGCACGCUAAGUAUCAAUGUUACUCAAGCUGGAUGGACCAUAAGUAUUUUAAUUACUUUUUUAAUGGUCCUUCGUACAAUCCUUUUGUCAUUAGGCAUGUUCAGCAGAAACAACGCUGAGGUAGCUGAUACAUUUGAUUGGUCAAAUAUUACAUGGUCGCAAGAUUUACGAUAAAAAAAUCAGUCAAAAGCUCUUGCUGUCUUUAGUGCUGUUUCUGCUGAACAUAAUCAUUCAAAUGCCGAUUACUAAAUUGAUGACAAUUUAAUGCACCGGCACUCAAACUAAUAGCCUCUCACUGCCUUGAUACAUUGAGAUUCGAGAGGAUCUGUGUAACUUAAUGAUAUUUGUAGAGCUACAGUUUAGAAUUUGAUAAGAGAUUAGCAGUAUUUUUCAUAGCCACAUAUCAGGAAUAUCAGAACAGGACUACACUGCUUGGCUCAUGUCUAUUUGAUUGAAUGAAAUGAAUUGUAAUUAAGGUAAAUAAGUCGACUAGAGCAUUAAAAACACCCGUAGGCGGUAAUACUUGUAAGAUACUACAAACAUUUUUAUACUUGUGCAUUUUUGUGACUACACGAACGCUGCUAGUUGGCGUAGCUUUUUUAUGCGAUUUUUUUUAUUUAUGUGUGCGAGUGAUAUGACAGUGUAUCUAUUGAUUCACCAAUAAAUGAAAUUUAAUGUAUAA